AACUAGCAACGUUGAGAACUUACAACAGCCAAUAGUGGUGUUGGUGGCAUGUAGGUGUCAACCUCGGUACAUGCGGGGUGACGCUAACAACAGGGCGCAUAUGUCGCAGCUACCUAGGUAGACGUGACGCGUUCAUGCGAGGCUCGUACGAAGUCAAAUCACUUAUUGACAUCGUCUCGCUGGAGCAUACCCUCUCAACCUCAUCAUUCUUCUCACAUCGAAAAUGGCUUUGGAUUUCUCGCAGUAUGGUGGGCCCUCCGAGGAGUGGCUGGCAGUGGAAAAGACAUUGCCCGCGCGAACCUACGACGUUACAAUGGAUCCGCAUGUGCUCAAAGAAGCUGUCAAUGCCGAAAGAGAAACCCGAGCCGCAGAGGUGAUGCCGCUGUUAGCACCACAUGUUCAGGUCAAAGACUAUACCAUCCCAACUCGCGAUGGCUCAACUAUCGAAGCUAGAUCGUAUAGGUCGGUCAAGACAGACGCGUCAGAAAAGCUUCCCGUGUACCUCUACUUCCACGGCGGAGGCUUCAUAUUUGGCACACUCAGCAGUGAGGAUCCUCUAUGUGCGCAAACUGCCAUUAAGACAGGGGCGAUAGUGCUGAACGUCAACUACCGCCAUACGCCAGAACACACCUUCCCAACCGCUUGGUACGAUUCUCAAGAUGCAUUCGCCUGGCUGCACAAGAACAUAGACGAAAUUGGAGGAGAUCCAUCCAAAGUCGUCACGGGUGGCAUCUCAGCAGGUGGCACAUUAGCAGCAUCCCUCACACUCGAGCAACAUCUUGGAAAAAGUGAAGUGAUUGCAGGUCUGCCCACUCUAGCUGGACAGAUCUUGAUCAUCCCCAUGGUUGCCCAUCCAGCCACAUACGACCAAGGGCCUGGCAAGCUGCUCAAAACCUCGUCGUAUGUCGAGAAUGAAAACGCACCAAUAUUGCCGAAGAAGAUCGUCGACUUCUUCACAAAGCUGCUGGAUACUGCUAAGACUGCUUCACCAGAUCUAAAAGAUACCAAGUUCAACAUGGUCAACGCGACAGCAGAGGAGGUCAAAGGUUUGCCUCCUACAGUCUUUGGUAUCGCGGGCUUGGACCCGCUUCGCGACGAAGCUUUGCUUUAUGCAAAGCUACUUUCAGAGGCAAAUGUGCCGACAGAUAUUACAGUGUUCAAGGGCGUUCCGCAUGGCCAUAGGCGAUUUGGCAAGGCACUGAAGGCAUCUGAACACUGGGAUGAGUGUGUCGAUGGAGGCAUACUUUGGGUACUUUCUAAGCCGAAGGCUACUGGGAAGUUUGACGUGAAACUACCGUAGUUCUCAUCAGAUGACGACCCGAACUGCGGUAACCGAUUGUAGAUAGUUCCGUGUCACCUUGAUGGUGUGUACCGUCAGGAAGGCAUCCAAUAGAUUCGCGUCGCUUAGAUUGAGGAUGCGUGACCAGGCAUCCUUCGCGUUUGCCAAGUUCCAGCUGUAAUCUUUGUAACGACAAGCACACACAUGCGGCUACAAUCUAC